AUGGCUGUGGUGAUAACCGUAGCAAUUGUGGCUGUGGUGAUAACCGUAGCAAUUGUAGCUACGGUUUAUGCCCGUAUUCACUGCCGGAAGAAAGCAAGAACGGCAAUUCCUGAAGAUGCCCGAAAUGCUACCAAUCAGCAAUUAGACAAAGUUUCAACCGAUGAUGUGACAAUAAGAGUAGAGGAGCCUUAUCAAUUUCCAAUGGUUAGAGAUCCACAGGUUCACUAUCCAACAAUGGAGAGAUUCCUCGAUAAUAUUGCCAGACACAAACCCAUCAGGUUUUCCCCUCGGCAGAUUCAAGAAUUCACUAAUAAUUGCUCAAACGUAUUGGGUUCAGGGGCUUAUGGGGUUGUCUUUAAAGGAAUGUUCCCAAGUGAAGUUCCUGUGGCUGUCAAAGUUCUCACCAACCAUUUCAGAAAUAAGAAAAUGGAAGAGCAGUUCAUGGCAGAAAUAGCCACCAUAGGAAGAACUUAUCAUGCCAAUUUGGUUAGACUCUAUGGCUUCUGCUUUGAUCCUUCUAUGAUGGCUCUUGUUUACGAGUACAUGGAGAAUGGAUCUCUUAACAAGGUGUUGUUCGACGAAAUGCGAGAGAUUGAGUGGCAGAAGCUGCAUGGGAUUGCAAUAGGAACUGCGAAAGCCAUAGCCUAUUUGCAUGAAGAAUGCGAACAAAGGAUUAUUCACUACGAUAUAAAACCUGAAAACAUACUUCUUGAUCAUUCUUUGAAUCCCAAGGUUGCAGAUUUUGGGUUGGCAAAGUUAUGCAAUAGAGAAGACAGUAAGGUAACGUUAAGUGGUGGUAGAGGAACGUUGGGAUACUCUGCACCAGAGGUUUGGAGUAGGAACCAUCCGGUGACCCACAAGUGCGAUGUUUACAGUUUUGGAAUUGUGCUGUUAGAAAUUGUUGGAAGGAGAAGACAUUUUGAUGCCAAUCUAAAUGAGUCUCGUCAAUGGCUUCCAAAAUGGACAUGGGAUAUGUACAAGAAUAAUGAACUUGAAUUAAUGUUGUCUCUUUGUGGGAUUGAACAGAAGCACAGAGAGAAAGCAGAGAGAAUGGCUAUUGUGGCAUUACAAUGUGUUCAUCAUUCACCUGAUGUGAGACCUGUAAUGAGCGAUGUGGUGAAGAUGCUAGAGGGAAGCAUGGAAAUAAUAGAGCAACAUCCAAAUCCAUUUGAGGAUUUGGAAUCUUUCCGACCCAAUAUUGGAUUGCUCUUUGGAAAUGAUGAAGAUUCAAACUCUGCUUCAAGAAGACAUAUUUCCAAGCCACCUUAUCUGGUUCCUAAGGGUGAAAAAGAAAUUGAGUUAGCUACUUGUUGAAGCCCUUUUUUUUAUUGUUCUUUUACCAUUUAGAUAUAAGAGUUACAUGCGAAAUAAAAGAUGAGUUAUGUUUAUGUUUCAUCUAUCCCCUUUAAAAAUUUUUAUUUUUAAAUAGAAAUAGGUUGAAUAUGAAUUUGUUUUUAAUAUACUGCUGUAU